CACCUCACUCGUCCAGCCUGGGCGUGUUCUAAUCCCACCUUUGCUCCUUGUUGAUAAGUAUAGACCAUAAAAUCAUAAAUAAGGGGGAGGAGGAAAGAAACUCUGUGAAAAGCUGCAGUCAAGUCCAGUUUGUCUCUAAACGAAGAUUCACAGGAAGGUCACACUGAGUCCAGCACGUUCAUUUUCUGAGCCUCACAGCAGAUUCUGUCCACUGAUGAGAACAGAGAGUGCAGACAUGUCUGCUGCCACCAAUCUGCAGUCUGAAGAUCAGUUUCUGUGCUCCAUCUGUCUGGAUGUGUUCACUGAUCCUGUCACCACAUCAUGUGGACACAACUUCUGCAAAAACUGCAUCACUCAGCGCUGGGACAUGAGUCAGAGCUGCCAGUGCCCCAAGUGUAACAAGGUGUUCAAGACAAGGCCUGAACUUCAUGUUAACACUUUGCUCUCUGAGAUGGUUGCUCAGUUCAGACGUGAAGCUCAGCAGAAAGCCAGCAGCAGCAGCUCGGAGCAACAAGCUGCCAAACCAGGAGAAAUUCCCUGUGACGUCUGUACUGGAACCAGACUGAAGGCCCUGAAGUCCUGCCUGGUGUGUCUGACCUCCUACUGUCAGACUCACCUGGAGCCUCAUCUGACAGCUACAAGUUUGAAAAGACAUCAGCUGAUUGAGCCUGUGGAGAACCUGGAAAACAGGAUGUGUAGGAAGCACGAUAAACAUCUGGAGCUGUUCUGUAAGACCGACCAGACAUGUAUCUGCAUGCUCUGCUCUGUUUUAGACCACAAGACUCAUGAAGUUGUUCCUCUGAGAGAAGAAUAUGAAGGAAAGAAGGCAGAGCUGGAGAAGACAGAGGCUGAGAUUCAGCAAAUGAUCCAGAAGAGACGACUGAAGAUUCAGGAGAUCAAAGAGUCGGUGAAGAUGAGCAAAGAUGCUGCAGACAGACAGAAAGCAGAAGGUGUUCAGGUCCUCACAGCUCUGAUGGAGUCUGUUGAGAGACGCCUGAAGGAGCUCAUAAAGGAGAUCGAAGACAAACAGGAAACUACAGAGAAACAGGCUGAAGGUGUCAUCAAAGAUCUGGAACAGGAAAUCUCUGAGCUGAUGGAGAGAAGCUCUGAGGUGGAGCAGCUCUCACACUCUGAAGACCACCUCCACCUCCUCCAAAGCUUAUCGUCCCUGAAAGCUGCUCCACCCACCAAGGACUGGACAGAGGUCAGAGUCCGUCCACCAUCAUAUGAGGGGACAGUGGGGAGAGCUGUGGAGACACUCAGGAAAGACAUGAAGAAGAAGCUGUUUGAGGCAGAGCUGAAGAGGGUCCAGCAGUAUGCAGUGGAUGUGACUCUGGAUCCUGAUACGGCAAAUCCUUAUCUCAUCGUGUCUGAUGAUGGAAAACAAGUGAAUCAUGGUGAUGUGAAGAAGAAACUUCCGGACAACCCAGAGAGAUUUUCUUACUGUGUUUGUGUUUUAGGAGAGCAGAGUUUCUCUUCAGGCAGAUUUUACUUUGAGGUUCAGGUUAAAGGAAAGACUGACUGGGAUUUAGGAGUGGCCACAGAGUCGAUCAACAGGAAGGGAAAAAUCAGACUGAUUCCUCAAAAUGGUUUCUGGACUGUGUGGCUUAGAAAUGGAAGUGAGUACACAGCUUGUGCUGCCCCUCCAGUCCAUCUCUGUCUCCAGUCUUCUCCUGAGAAGGUUGGGGUGUUUGUGGACUAUGAGGAGGGUCUGGUCUCCUUCUAUGACGUAGAUGCUGCAGCUCUGAUCUACUCGUUCACUGGCUGCUCCUUCACAGAGAAGCUCUUCCCAUACUUCAGUCCUGGGCUUUAUCAAGGUGUGAAAAACUCUGCACCACUGAUCAUCUGUCCUGUCAAUCAAAUUGAGUAACAACGUAUUUGAAUUGAUGAGAUUAUUUAUUUUCAUUAAAGGGAAUAAAUAUU